AUGUCUACACUCGCACAUGACCAACUUCCCAACGUUGCCGCGGCAUCAGGUCGCUCCCUUCUCUCGGGGGGACGGCCCGAGGACCCAGAGGCAAUCGGUUAUGUCCAGGUCACAGACGAAAUCCGCCAAGUCGGCGUCGCCGAGACCGAAGCAGCCACCAAACCCACUCUAGUCGAGGCCGACGGUAACGCAGUAGUCGGGGCUCCGCAAGUCGCCGGUAAUCCCCCUACCAGAAACGCCCAACCGGGCACGCAGAGAAGUGCGGAGCUCAUACCAAUCUUCAUAUAUGACCUUAAAACCCACCCCCUGGCGGGUGGUGAAGACAAAAGAAGGAUUGAAGCUCUCCCGCCUGGCCUACUAGCCAGUGGGGCUAGUAAGUUUGGGACAUGUCUGUUGACCGGCUUCUUGAAGCUUAUUCCACGGCGUGUCGCGGUCGGCAGGGGAAUUUGCUCUAUCCAUAGCAGGAUCGAGUCGAAACACAUGUUGGACUCGAUCGGAUUGGUCACAGACGAGUCCUGGGAGGACAGUAGGGGGUUUUUCGACGCCCGCUUGGAAAACAAGUUUGUUAAGCUCUUGCUUGACGUCAACUUUGUUUGGGAUGAGAAAUUCUUCAAAGGGAAGGUGGUCGUACCUCCCAAUGAUUCACUUGUCCUAUUCAAUCCGUAUGCGGAACAUAAGUUGUUCCAGCUUAAGAACUGCGCUGGGUGCUUCUUGCGCCGCAUUUUGAGUGAUCCGAGGUGUGUGCUUGCGCUCCUCGCAGCGAUAGAAUUUAAGAUUCGUUUCAAUGAGAUUCCAGAGCAGAAUGCGCCAGAUCUCUACAAUUUCAUGGAGACUGCCUGGCAGAUCUUGGCCAACGAGUACCCCGACCUGUGGGAGACUCUCGGAAACCCUGACGUUGCCCGUCAGCGUGUCAGCACUGAUGUGAGGGCUGGUCUGCUUUUGAGGGCUAAGGAAGCUGGAUGGGAUGAUGGUGCGCGCGCCAAAGGAGGGGCAGUCUUUAACUCGGCGGAUGUGUCUUGCUACGUUUCCAACCUUGCACGUCGAACGAUAAAUACCACUAAUAUGUACCUCCGACAACUACCAACCACGUUCCCAUGCUUUUAG